GCAUUACACAGAGCGCUGUCAGGCUUUAUUUCCGGUAGAGCUCCCAACAACAACACGUAUGUUUUGAAUCGAAAAAAACAGCUGCACUUCACUCCCAGGACUCCCUUCAGCCAUGUCAUCUUCAGGGUUCAUGUUGGUGGUUUUAGCUGCAUCGUUGUUGUCUGGAGACUCCAGAUUUAUUGCUGAACCUCUGACAUUGGAUGUGUGUCCAGAAUGCAGUCAGAUCAUCCAGCUGUCAGCCAACAUGAUCUUCAGCAGUGACACUAAAGUGGCUGUAUUUAAAACCUUGCACGCUUUGUGCCAGAGACUUCCCAAAGAUCAAACGUCAGAGUGCGAGUCACAAGUGAAAAUGCACCUGCCAAAAAUCCUGCGCCAAUCGCCUGGCCAACAAAAACCAGAAGAGACCUGUGAAGCGUUUGGACUUUGUGCCGCCCAUAAGGAGAACGAGCCUCAGAAACUUCCCCAUCAUGUCACCCACGUUGACAUACCCAGCGCUGCACUUAGCUCUGCAUCCGAGAACAAAGAGUCUUUAAAUCCGAUCUGCCCCUUGUGCUUGCUUGUUAUCAAGAAGCUCGAAUCACUGCUGCCUCAAAACAUGACUGAGGAGGCUUUAAUGAAGCUCAUGGGAGAAGUCUGUGAUCUGAUACCGAAAAGCUACAAGGACGAGUGCGACGAUUUCGUCAGCAAAUACGGCGCAGAGAUCGUUGAAUUCCUCCUAUCAUCUGCUGCACCUCAUACAAUCUGUACUCUCCUGCACCUGUGUCUGUUUGAGACGCAGCCUGUUCCAGAUGUGUCUCCACCAUCAGACUGUGAGUCGUGUCAAACGCUGGCAGCACUGAGCCGCCUGUACCUGGGACUCAACGCCACUGAGCCACAGACAUCAGCUUUCCUACAAUCUGUAUGCCUCAAUCAUCCACAUGCCGUCCCCAAGUGUGAAGCUUUCACCAGAAUCUAUGGCGUACAGCUGCAGAGGGUUCUGGGAAACCAAAUGGAUGUUCCACAUGUUUGUGAAAGGGCUGAUUUGUGCGUUUCAUCGAAGAAGCUGGAGCCGUUGGGAAAGAAUCCCUGUACUUGGGGGCCGAGCUACUGGUGCAAAGACUUGGAAACAGCUCAAAAGUGUGGCAAUCAAGUCUUCUGUGAGAAAUACAAAUGGAAGAAUUAGAAUCCUGCCAAGCUCACCGCAGCUUCAAAAUACGACCUUAUUUAUGCACCGAUCCAUUGUUAAAUGCUCAGUUAAUGUAAUGCACUAAUCAAACUUUUUGUGUUAGGGGAAAAUUACCCAUUUAACAUUCUAUUGCAGCUAAUCAAGCAUGUGUUCAAAAUAUUCAUGUUUGCAUGGGAUUUAUUCUGAAACAUCCAUUUCUACAGGUUCUCUUUUGUGCAGUGUUGUGUAUACAGUAUAAUCAUGUUAUGAAUGUAAAAACAAAAAGGUUAGAUGUCGCAGUCAGCGCCGAGAAGAACGUUCAGUGUUAACUAUAA